UCCCCUCCAAAACCCCACCAGCUGCUGCACGAGAGCUGCGCAACAAAGAUAAAGUCCUUUGAGCUGCUCUGAUACAGAAGACAAGCCAUGUCAGAACCAGCACCACCUCUACCUGAGACGGCACCUGCUGCGACGCCUGCCGUAGCGCCACCUGCUGAAGAAGAGAAGGGGCCCUCUAAGCGCGCACUCGAAAAGGCAGCAAAGAAAGCUGCCGCCAAAGCAAAAAAGGCCGAGCAUGCGCUGCGACCGAAGGAGCAGGCGAAGCCCGCGGCCAAGGCCGAGCCUGUCAGCAUGUUCGCCGAGGGUUGGCUGAAGCGCAUCUACGAGGAGAAGCCCGUCAAGGAUGUACACACGCGGUUUCCCCCCGAGCCCAACGGCUACCUGCACAUCGGCCACUGCAAGGCGAUUGCGGUCAACUUCGGGUUCGCGAAACACCACAAGGGCGUGUGCUACCUGCGAUAUGACGACACGAACCCUGAGAAGGAGGAGGAGAAGUACUUCACCAGCAUUGUGGACAUCAUCAAGUGGCUGGGUUUCGAGCCUUGGAAGGUCACGUACAGCAGUGAUAACUUUGACAAGCUGUAUGAGCUAGCCGAGGAGCUGAUCAGGAAGGAUGGUGCAUACGUAUGCCACUGCUCUAGAGAGGAGGUCAACAUGCAGCGCGGCGGCCCCGACAACCGCGGCAAGCGCUACGCCUGCGAGCACCGCACACGGCCGAUCGAACAGUCCAUCACCGAGUUCCGCGCCAUGCGCGACGGCAAAUACAAGGCGGGCGAGGCGUAUCUGCGCAUGAAGCAGAGCCUGACAGACCCCAACGAGGGCAAUCCGCAGAUGUGGGAUCUGCCCGCCUACCGCGUUGUCGAGAGAAACCACCACCACAGGACUGGCGACACAUGGAAGAUCUACCCGACCUACGACUUCACACACUGCAUCUGUGAUGCGCUGGAGGGGAUCACGCAUUCGCUGUGCACGGUUGAGUUCCGCCAGAGCAGGAUAUCGUACGACUGGCUGCUGGAGAAGCUGGACAUGAAGGUGCCCAAGUCGGAAGAGAAGGGCCCUAUGCAGCGCGAGUACGGCCGUCUGAGCGUGAACGGCACGAUCCUGUCGAAGCGCCGCAUCCUCAUGCUUGUCGAGGGCGCAAAGGUCGGCGACAGAGAAAUCCUACCCUCAGUCCGCGGCUGGGACGAUCCUCGCCUCUAUACCAUGGUCGCCUUGCGCCGCCGUGGUAUCCCUGCGAAAGCCAUGCUCAACUUCGUCGAAGAGCUCGGCGUCACAGACUCGUACACCGACAUCGAAGCACCGCGCUUCGAAUCCUCGAUCCGCAAGCACCUCGAGCGCACCGUCCCGCGCCAAAUGCUGGUCCUCGAGCCCGUCAAAGUCGUCAUCGAAGACUUCGCCGCCGAAGACGACCAGGAAGUCGUCGUCCCCUACGACCCCAAGGGCGGUAUCAAGGGCGAGCGUAAAGUCAAGGUCGGCAUCUCCAUCUACAUCGACAGCAGCGACUUCCGCGAGGAAGACGACUCGGACUACUUCCGCCUUGCGCCUAACAAGACCGUUGGCCUGUACAACGUGCCCUUCUCUAUCCGCGCUACGAGCUUUGAGAAGGAUGCUGCCGGCAACGUCACACUGAUCAAGGCCGUCAAGGUCCCUGCAGCUGAGAGGCCGAAGGCGUACAUCCAAUGGGUGGACGCGGAGACCGGGAUCAAGGUUACGGCACGACAGUACCAUUCCCUCUUCAAGACCGAGAGUCCGAAUACGCUGAACUGGAAGGAUGGGAGUUGGGCGGACGAUCUGAGGCCGGACUCUGAGAUUAUUUAUGAGAACGCCGUUAUUGAGCGGGGUUUGAACGAUCUGAUCAAGGAGAAUAGCCUCAACCCCAGUGGGAGCAGCGAUAGGCUGGUCAGGUUUCAGGCCCUCCGGACAGCAUACUUCUGCGUUGACAUCGAGUCGACCGAGGACAAGAUUGUGCUGAACCAGAUCGUUAGCUUGAGAGAGGAUAAGGGUAAAUGAGCGCAGUGGGUGGGGUAUACGGGCCCAGGCGUUUUGGGGAGAUGUGUUCAGCCACGGAGGCUGCAAAAUGAUGUAGAUGAGCGACGAAUCAUGCACGAGUCACCACAGCCCUGAAGCCUGCGACCUGCGACCCACUUUCAACCAUCACAUGCCCAAUACAUAUCGUGAGUCAACAAAAAGGUAGUGUGGGAAAAUUCGACUUACAACGUGCCGAGG